AGAUAAGAAAGCAGAGACGGAGGAAAACAGAAGCAGAAACUUUUGGUGAAUUCUUGUGAUUAAUUGAUACGGAUGAUUACGAGCAGUGCAGAACAAUGUGCUCUGUUUCUGUUCUUCCUCCUCCUUUUCUCCACCAUCGCUGCUGAGUCUCAGACCAAUGAUUCAGCUGGAAGGAGUUAUGUUGUUGUAGAAAAGAAAGGUGCCCAUGCCACCGGCAGAGGCAGAGGUCACGGUGGUGCUGGAGUUCAAGUCAUGCGAGGUCACAACGAGUCGUUGAGUAAGGGAGAAAGAGAUCGCUGGAUUACGGCUUGUAGGACAUACGGUGGGCCUAAGAACGAGUCUCGAAUUUUGGGCCUAAGAACGACAAUAGUGGAGGAUGGAGGAAAGUAGCUUUUGUUGGAAAGUAACUUUAAUUAUAGAUAGAAUAGAAUAAAUAAGGUGAUAG